UAGACCGUCGGCGCUGAGGGAGCGGCCGCCCUGCGGCCCGCGCUCGCUGCGCUCUCUGCCCCACCCCCGCCCCUCCCGUCGGCCGCGCCGCGUCAUGCCAGGCGCUGCUCUGUGCUAGUGCCCCGGCCGCCGCCCUCCCGCCCGCCCAAAGCCGCGCCCACUGCUCAGAGCCAGAGGGAUGGUGGUAGUCACGGGGCGGGAGCCAGACAGCCGUCGCCCGGACGGUGCCAUGUCCAGCUCCGACGCCGAAGACGACUUUCUGGAGCCUGCCACCCCGACGGCCACGCAGGCGGGGCACGCGCUGCCCCUGCUGCCGCAGGAGUUUCCUGAGGUUGUCCCCCUUAACAUCGGAGGGGCUCACUUCACCACACGCCUGUCCACCCUGCGGCGCUACGAAGACACCAUGCUGGCCGCCAUGUUCAGUGGGCGACAUUACAUCCCCACCGACGCCGAGGGCCGGUACUUCAUUGACCGGGAUGGCACGCACUUCGGAGAUGUGCUGAAUUUCCUGCGCUCGGGGGACCUGCCGCCCCGGGAGCGCGUGCGGGCUGUGUACAAAGAGGCCCAGUACUAUGCCAUCGGGCCCCUCCUGGAGCAGCUGGAGAACAUGCAGCCGCUGAAGGGGGAGAAAGUGCGCCAGGCCUUUCUGGGACUCAUGCCCUAUUACAAAGACCACUUGGAGCGGAUCGUGGAGAUUGCCCGGCUGCGUGCUGUCCAGCGGAAGGCCCGCUUUGCCAAGCUCAAGGUCUGUGUCUUCAAGGAGGAGAUGCCCAUCACCCCCUAUGAGUGUCCGCUUCUCAACUCCCUGCGCUUCGAGCGGAACGAGAGUGAUGGGCAGCUCUUUGAGCACCACUGCGAAGUAGACGUGUCUUUCGGACCCUGGGAGGCUGUGGCUGACGUUUACGACCUGCUGCACUGCCUGGUCACGGACCUGUCAGCCCAGGGCCUCACCGUGGACCACCAGUGCAUCGGGGUGUGUGACAAGCACCUCAUCAACCACUACUACUGCAAGCGCCCCAUCUAUGAGUUCAAGAUCACAUGGUGGGCUGGAAUGCACAUUUCAGCGGCUCCUUUCGAAGAUUCCCUAAAUCGAGCGGGCAAGAUGUCUAGACCUUCUCUUGUCUUUGAGAUGUAACAUCCUUUCUAGAGGCUCAGGAUACCUCCUUGGCUGCUAGUCCGUGUGCUAGGAUCCAGUGUGCGGUGAACCUCCCUGGAUGGAACCCUGUUGCUUCAUCCUGUGAACGUUCUCCUUCUAGAAAACUGUCUGUUCUGGGGAAGGAAGGAAGGAAGGAAGGGGUUGAGGGAGAGGCACAGCAAUCCCAGGAGCUGUGGGAAGACAGCCUCAAACCUCCAUUAUGUUUGACUCCCCACCAUUCAAACAGAAACACAUCCCCAAGGCUCUGCCCCCACUGCAUGUCCUCUUGCACUGUCUGCAGCCUGGGGCGGCCAGUCAGGUGUGGCCCUGCAUCCGCUGAAGGAAAUGCUCUGUAGCACCUGUGGCUGGAACGGGACCUUCCUGUGCCACGUUAAGGGCUCCUCCCUGUAAUCGUGAUUGUACCGGACUGUUGCUGGGUGUUCUUGUAGGGAGAUUUUCCUUGCGUGAGCCUCAUUGGUCUCAGUCCUAUAAGACCAGACUGGUGAGGAGGGCGAGGGGCCGCUGACGACGUCUGCAUCCUUCUGAGGAAGAGAAGGCCAAGCCCUGGGACCUUGGCUGAAUUCCUUCAUGGGCUGUGACCUUUGGGCCCCUGUACGGGAACAGAUUGUGGGGCACAGUCUCGUACUCUGACGUCAUAUUCCGAGGUGGGUGGAGCAGGCGUGCAGCCUGACAUCUGAGGGGACAGUACAGUAUGUCGCUCAGGUUCCGAGACAACAUGUUCCUUCAUUGUUCCCAUCCACAAACGGAUUGUCGCUUUCCUGGAGCCCAUGUCCCCGCUUGGACCUUAGCCCAACAGCACGGCUCCUGCCCUGUUCCAACAGAAAAGCCUUUCCUGUAAGUUGCUCUGAUUGGUGUUACCGCCUAAUACAAGUUCAUUUGUUGACAGACAUUGAGGCAAGCUAUUCAGGAAGGAGUCAGUGUGAGUAGAGAUAAUCAAGCCCAGUACUCUCAGUGAUCCGACCUUGACCUCGGCCCCUUCUCUUUCCCACCCCAGCCCAGAGCAUCACAGCACUUGGUUGUUUGAGUCCAUACACAGAAGACAGGGCGUGACUGGUUCACUCAGAUGCAGGUUUGCUCAAAAUCAGGCCCUGAAGACUUGCUUGGGGCUACAGGGACACAGGAUAAGGACACUGUCUCUGCGCUUCUUGCUGGAGACACCCCUGUUUCUCUGUCCCCCAUGUUGUCCUCAUGGUGGUGUGCUCUGUGCCACCGUGGGCAGACAAGGCUCUGGCCAGUAGAUGGGGCAGAGCAGGAACACUGGCUGCCAGCUUAGAGCUCUUUCUAAGUGGUGUAAAAGAGUCCAGUGGCCCAGUUUGGCCAUUCUCUGAUGAGAAGCCCAGGUCAGGCUGAAAAAAUGUUCUUGGAUGUGGUGGUUUGUGGUAGUGGCCUCCAAAUAAAGGUCAUCUCUGAGAAGGUGUCCUCUCCCAAUUGGGUCCCCUUUCAAGCUGUAAGUGGCCAGGCCCAGAACAUAAGAAGGGUUGGGUCAGGAAGAAGGGCUCCAAAAGAUGGGCGCUUCUCUCGGAUUGAAAGGAAGACUGUUUUCCUAGCAUUUUUGUACAUCACAUCCAUGGAUCAAACCAAAGUGCCUGCUUUUGGAGCUUCCCUUAUGUUUGACUUUGGGUACCGUUUUUCCCAGGGGCUCUGCUCCCUGGUUGAGAAGGUGAAAGUUUUAGGAGAUAGGACUGCAUGAUGCAGUGCCAGCCAAAAUCCAUGGAGAAUGAAAAACUUAAUGGCAACUAAGACGACUGAAAUGAAACCACCGUGAAACACAUCACACCGUCCCGGGUUGAGGGGAAUUCUUUGGGUAACACUCUAACUCGACAGAGUAGAGGAGUCGUCACCAGCCUUGGUCUGCCUCUGGUUAAUUCACCAGGCUGUCCAGUGCUUAUCAGUGGAAAGCAGUCAAGUCUGCUCUGAGAGAUUUUAUUCUUUCUCCCUGGAGCUUGGGAUAGUCUGGGAGCUGUCUGAGCCUUAUGCCUCAGGCUGAUCAGGUGAUACAGUCUUCCUGUCCUGGGUUGCUCGUUGGAGGACUAGGAGAUUAACAUCAGCAAGCCACAGAGUGGGGUGAGCCUCGGGGUGUGAUCUUGGUCCAGGCUGGAUCCUGAAAUGGUCAAGACAAAUAAUAACAAGACAAAAACUACUCACACCGAGCAUUUUGAUGCCAGAGUUUCAGAUAUCAUAUUUCUGCCUACCUUCUGUCCAUAUUCACCCCUGCUAUAAGUGAUUAAGCUUUCUCGGGUACCAUUUUGCUGGGGCUCUUUCAUGAGGGGGUGCCUGCCCCAUUAUCCCGAAAAAGAGGGAGGCUUUAUUCAUCAAAAGCCAGAGUGUUGGGAACUGGGGUAGGAGAGGCACUUUUGGGAAUUCUGGAAGAAACACAUGUAUGCAUAUGUUCAUGAGGGAGAGGGAGGGUUGGCAGAGGGUUGGGGGGGUGGGAGCAAAGACUGGUGGAGGUGGAGGAACAGGCAGUUGCCUCCGGAGUGUGGGAGGUCACUGGGUCCAUCGUCUUUCUGCCGCACAGUGUCGGGUUUGUGUACACAGUGUAACCUCUCCUGUGUUCCUUCAUUACGUGUCCCGUCAGCGCUUUGGUGCAUGGAGCCUCAGUACCCCCAUGUGGCAUUAAAGUCAAGAAUUAGAA